GAGAAGAAAAAAUAGCGGCGAAAAGUAGAAUUUUUGCAUAUUCGCAAAAAAAGAAAAAAAUUCUUUUUCUUUAUAAUUUUUUGCAAACUUUUUAGAAUUUUAACAAAAUUUUUAUUGUUGUAAAAUAAAUAUAAACAAAAAGAGCAACAAACUUUAAACAAAAAGAACUUAGAAAAACAAGUAUUUGUGCAAGAAAAAGGCUAAAAAUUAAAUGUCAUCUUUAGCGAAAAAAACAUAAAAAUUUUGCAAAGUUUAAAUUUAAUUAAAAAAACAAACCAUUCGACACAACAAGUAAAUAAAUGAAUAAUAAUUAAUAAAAAGUGUAAAAUAAAAUUAUACUUGAGAAAAAAUGCUAAAGGGUAAAGGACAACGAUCCUUUGAGGAAGUAUGGCCGGAUAUGCGUAUUAUUGUUCUGAAAUUGCUGAAGCAGGAAACAGUAUCACAAGUUGAGUGGCAGGAUUUAUUUUAUGGCGUCCAUUUGGUGUGUUUGUGGGAUGAAAAGGGAGCUGCCAAAAUCUACGAUUGUCUGCGCAAUGAUGUGGUGGAGUUUAUAGCCCAUGCCCAGCGCAAAGUGCAGUCACAACGCGGAGAACAUGCUUUGCUUACGACCUACAUAAUAGAAUGGCGCAAGUUUUUUACACAAUCCAGUUACCUGCCUUUGCCUUUUCGCCAAUUGGAGCAUUGGUUUCAAUUGAAACAACCCUCCUCCAGCUGUUCAUCAACUUCCGCCUCAAGUUCCUCGGCAGCAGCUGCCUCGACAUCCUCGGCUGCCGCUGGCACCUCAUCGUCGUCUUCAGCUAAUAACAAUAAUAAUAACAACAACAAUAACAAAAAGAAUCCCACCGAAGACAGUAUUGUUCGGAAACUAAUGUUGGAUUCUUGGAAUGAGCACAUUUUCAAAGACAUCAAAGAUCGUCUACAAGAAUCGGCUAUGAAAAUUGUACACGCCGAGCGCAACGGUGAUGCCUACGAUGCCCAGCUGGUGAUUGGUGUUAGGGAAAGCUAUGUUAAUCUCUGUUCGAAUCCCGAAGAUAAACUACAAAUAUAUAGAGAAAAUUUUGAGGCAGCUUAUUUAAAAGCCACUACUUCAUUUUAUCGCCUUAAGGCUACAGAACAGCAACAAGCGAAUGGCGUCUUGGCCUUUAUGAAAUAUGCCGAUUCCAAAUUAAAAGAGGAAGAAUCAAGGGCUAAACGUUAUUUGGAACCCAGCAGCUAUGCCAUAUUGGCACAAACUUGUGUUAAGGUUUUGGUGGGCGAUCACAUGAACACCAUUAUAGCCGAAUGUGCACCGCUCAUUAAAGAAUACGAAACAGAUCGUUUGAAUCUAAUGUUUCGUCUUUUGGAUCGUGUACCCAAUGGGGUGGAUACUAUGUUACGUGAUUUGGAAAAUCAUAUUGUUUCAGCUGGCCUAGCCGAUAUGUUGUCCGCCUCUGAAAUCAUCACUCAAGACUCGGAAAAAUAUGUAGAACGUCUACUCGAACUAUUUACCAAGUUUAGUACUCUGGUUAAGAAUGCAUUCAACGAUGAUCCUCGUUUCCUAACGGCUCGCGAUAAGGCAUUUAAAACGGUUGUUAAUGAUACUAGUGUUUUCAAAUUGGAAUUGCCAACGGGUAUACAGAAUCGUGGUGUUAAAUAUACAGCUCCUGAGAGUAAAUGUCCUGAACUAUUGGCCAAUUAUUGUGACAUGUUGUUGCGUCGUACACCGUUGAGUAAACGCUUGACUAGCGAACAAAUCGAUGCACGUUUAAGGGAUGUCCUGUUGGUGCUAAAAUAUGUUAAUAACAAGGAUGUAUUUAUGCGUUAUCAUAAAGUUCAUUUAACGAGAAGACUAAUAUUGGGUACUAGUGCUGACAGCGAAAAGGAAGAAGAUAUCGUUGAAUGGCUACGUGAAGUUGGCAUGCCCGCCGAUUCUGUCAAUCGUUUAGCUCGCAUGUUCCAAGACAUAAAAGUCAGUGAAGAUUUAAAUACUCAAUUUCGCAAUUCGACUGGACGUCACGAUGCCAUUAAUAUUAAAAUUCUAAAUGCCGGUGCAUGGGCGCGCUGUUCGGAACGUGUUUCGGUUAGUUUGCCUCUGGAACUGGAAGACUAUAUACCCGAUGUGGAAGAAUUCUAUAAGAAAAAACAUUCCGGCCGUAAACUUCAGUGGUAUCAUCACAUGAGUAAUGGCACAAUAACAUUUGUUAAUAAUUUUGGUCGCUAUGAUCUCGAUGUCACAACAUUUCAAAUGGCAGUACUAUUCGCUUGGAAUCAAAGGCCUCAAGAUAAAAUAUCAUAUGAAAAUUUACGUUUAGCAACUGAAUUGCCAGAUCCCGAAUUAAGACGUACUUUGUGGUCUUUGGUACAAUUUCCUAAAUUGAAAAAACAAAUUCUAUUAAUGGAGCCCAAUUGUCCAACACCAAAAGAUUUUGCUGAGAAUACAUUAUUUUAUGUAAAUCAAGAAUUUGCAGUGGUUAAAAAUAAUAAAUCACAACGCAGAGGAAAGCUUAAUCUAAUUGGUCGCUUACAAUUAAGUACUGAACGUUCAAUACAAGAAGACAAUCAAUCUAUAGUUCAGUUGCGUAUACUGCGUGUCCAAGAGGCCAUUAUAAAAAUAAUGAAAAUGCGUAAACGUAUGAAUAAUGCAACAUUACAGGCCGAAUUAAUUGAUAUUUUGAAAAACAUGUUUUUACCGUCGAAAAAAAUGAUUAAAGAACAAUUAGAGUGGCUGAUCGAACAUAAGUAUAUGCGUCGUGAUGAUGACGAUAUCAAUACUUUUAUAUACAUGGCUUAAGUAUAAUUUAUUCUAAAAUUUCUUACUACGUUUAUUUUUUACAUAUUUAUAUACAUAUUGCAUACAUCUACAUAAUGAGAGAGAAUCUUAAUUAAGAAUGCUCGGGUUAUUACUUUUAACUUUUCUUUUAAUUUAACAUUAGGUUUACAGUUUACUUUUUAAUUUACUUUAAACACUUACACUCAAAUGAGAAAAACAAAUAUCAUUAGAAGAACAGCAAUAGCAGCAACAUAAAUUACAGGGAAGGAAUAUUAAAAACAAAAACAAGAGUAUAAAAUUCAAAACAAAAAUUUAAACUAAUUAAAUAAUGAAUAACUUUAUAUAGUAUAAUAAUAACAUAAAUGUAUAAAAGGGAAGGUUUUUAGUCUUGUUUCAAAAAAAAAAGAAAAUCAUCUUAAAAAGUGAAAAUAACAUUAAACAUCAAGACUAAAAUAAAAGUUGUGAAUAAAUAUAAUUAUUCCAUAAACAUUAAUUUAAUUACAAAUUUUAAAUUGAACAUUUAUUUACUACUUCCAUACAAUACCACCACAAGAUUUUAUACUAUAAUUUAAUAUCCUUCCUGCUUAAAUACAACUCGUUAUUAUCCUCCCUUUAACUCGCAAAAAAAAAACACACAAAACGAUUCUAAAGUUAUUAUUGUAUUUCUAUUUACCCACUCCACAAAUAAUCAGUUCAUAAUUUAAGUAUCGUUAGUAUAUAGUUAUCAGAUUUUGCCCAUUAUUUUUUUUAUUAUAAAACUACUUAUUAGGUUUAUAUUUUCUAUAAAAUAAUUUGUUUUAUUUUUAAUAUUGUAUGUUGUUUUUUUCUUCAAUUAGUUUUUUUUUCUAUUUCUUAAGAACAUAUUCCUAUUUUUUUUUUAUUUUUUAUAAAUUUUAAGUGUUUGUGUAUUUAAAUUGUAAAUUAUAUAUAUUUUUUUAAUAUCUUCCUUCUUUUAACUUUAACUUUUUUUAUUCUACUUCUGCUCCAACUAUGGUUGCUUAUUUUUUAAUUUCGAGAAAAAAUUCACAAUUUAAUUGUAAUUUUUUUGUUUUAUUUUAAAAAUUGUAUACAUCUUAAUUUUUAUAAUUUAUAUUGCUCCAUUAAAAAAAAAAACUUUUUAAACAAACAAAAUUUUAGUUUAUUUUUCAUUUUAUUCUUAAACUUUUUACCAAGUUUUAAUGCAAAAAUCAAGGAAUGAAAUCUACUGAAAAGUUUUAUGACCUUUUUAUCACAAAUUUUAUUUAGUGAUAAUAUUGUUUAAAAUGUAACAGACAUGGAAAUCUAUGUGUCUAACGCCGAUGUUGUUGUUGUAGUAUCGACACCUGAAAUUACACGUAUAUAUAGUUAAAAUUAUUCGCUACUCUUCUUCUUCCCUCAGGUUAUCCAAGUCAGUUUGAUCUAAACCCAGUAGACUAGCCAAAUCUAUCGGCUGAGUCCAUAGGGAUUCAGGUUCCAGAAAGUUUAAAAGAUGUUGAACAUUGUGUGGCCCUGUGCCACACUCAGGACAGAGAUCUUGAAUCGUGUCGUUUAUUCUUGAACAGUAGGGUUGUGCCAAUAUAUUACGAUGCGGUUUCGUUGCUCGUAUACAACGGGUGGUUGAUGACCUCUCACUAUAAUACUAUUGCGGUGGGAAUUGAUGGAGUCUUCCAACGCUUUUUGGUGGAUAGUAUUUAAAGCUGUUGUGUAUGAGCUUUCAUCAUCUAUGUUAUUCUGGUGUUCUUGGAUGUUGCUCUCAUACAGACGAAUAUGUUUCCUGAAAUGCCUCUAAAUGGUUCUAACUUCGGCGAAAAGACUCCACCUUGGGGUACUCUCUGUUAAAUUCUACGAAUAUUGGAUCUCUUGUUCCUAAACUCUACGAAUAACUGUCGUCCGCACAUGCAGUUCACUAGCCAUCUCUUAGUGUUGUCCGAGAGAUUAGAUGUAAAAAUAUAUCUGAAGGGUAUGGCGUGAUUGACCGUUCGUUUACAUGGUCGGGCUUGAUUAAGUAAAUGGCAAAAUUUGUGUUGUGAUGGCGGUUAAAGCUGUCGUUGUGCUGUGCUUUAGACGGAAUCCAUGUUGAUGAUCUGCCGGAUGUAGAUGAUGUUGCAAUUCCGGGAGGAUUAGUGCCUCAAGUGUCUUGGCUAUUGGUGACAGGAGGGAGAUAGGCCUUUAAGAUUCUCCCUGGCUUCUGCAAGGGAACAACCCUACUCAAUUCCCAGACCUCGGGUAUUAUUAGGGUUGACAUUGACAAAUUGAGGAUUUUUGUAAGGAACUCAACUCUCGGUUCAUCCUAAUUUUUCAGCAUCAACAUGAUGAUGACCUUCUUCUUCGCUCGUUUUAAAAACAUAUGGUCUGUCUGGACCUUUCUUACGAUGCUUAUUCGCCUUGUCUCUGUCGGGGUUCGACAUAGAAUCAAGUGCUGUAGUUAAAUUUUUAGCUCCUUUAAAUUCUAAACAUGCCAUGACAAUUGUAGUCUCAGUUCGAUCCCCAGCCAUCUCUACUCAAAAUCAAUUUGUGAAAAUAAUUAAAUUUCUAUAAAAACUUUAAUUAAUUCGCCUACUCUCAACACCAGAGGCGCUGCAACCCUGCACUCUCAGAACAAUCAUAACCGUGCUGAUUACUGAGCGGUGCUAUAAUUACUGACGAAGGUAACCAUAAUAGUAUUACAUAAUCCAGCGAACGUACGGUCCUUGCGGCGCUCGACCCGUCACACUCUUCACAUUUACAUCUCUAUGUCAACUAAUCUCUCCGACAACUAGCGACUAGUUUCAUUUGUGGUUGUUUAGAAACCAGAAGUCAAAAAUUUAUAACCUCUGCGGUUUUAUAAACAUUUACCUUGGUGAUCAUUCCAGCUUUUUCAAUAAGAGGAAUUUAAACAUCUCAAUCACGAAAUCGUCAGUAAAUCUUUUGAGUAGCUGGACAAAAAAUAAUGGCUAGAACUGGAUAUGACAUUAGAUAGUAAAUAUUGAUGAGAAUGUAAGUAGGUCGUUACUAAAAAAUACGCUUAAACAUAAAUAGAACGAGGUCGGCAGACAGUCAAUAUAGUAAGACCAUGAUUAUAAGUACUGAAGUGCAGUAAUAUGUUAAGCAACUAUGCCGAAGAUAUCAUUUGCAGAGAGUCACUAGGUAUUUGACCGAAUAAUCUAAAUAUUCAUUCAUAAAUACACUUUAAUGAUCCACCCUAUAAACUAAAUAUAUCCACAAAUUUUCCAUUGAAAAUCCUUCCAAUUGCUUAAAGGCAACCAUACAAACUUUUCAGUGCUAUUCUGCAUUUCAUAAAUUCGAUUGUCAGUUUUGAGUUCUUUUUCAGUUUGAGAUCUUUUUCAGGGAAAUAGGUGAAUGUUGCUACAUUAAGAAACACCCAUUUGGGCAGAUAAGAUCCUUGUCGAAACUGAAGGAUCAAGCAGUAUGACAGCAGCACCAGUUCUAGAUAUCGAUUAAAUUUCCGCAUUUACAUACGCAACGAUCGAAAAAAGUUAUUCAAACACAAAAUGAAAUCGUAAGAAAAAGAAGAUGCAAUUUCAUUCCAAUACUUUACGAUUCAGAAUACAUGAAUUACGAUCUUAGCCAUGGAGCAUCGAAUCGAAAUCGAGUCUGAACUCUAGUCUAUAAUUUGGACUAUAGUAUGAGUAAUUGUCUAUGGUGUAGCCUGGAUUAUAGUGUAAUCUAAAUCUGAACUCUAGCCUAUAAACUGGACUAAGUAUAGUCCAGCUUUCUUUUUAUUGCAAAAAAAAAAAUCCAAUUAAAAUUUCUAAAACUUUCGCAGUGUAAUAAGAUCUUAUUCAAAACAUUUAUAGAAUUUUUCGUUGACAUAUUAUCUUUGAAAACUGACUAUAAGAUAUACUACAUACAUACUUUAUUUUUAAUUAUUUAUGUUUCAAUUUAUUUUUGUUUAAACUUAAUAGCCUUUAAAACUUUUAUUUAAAUACCAACUGU